GAGUGCAUCAUUGAUGAAGACUGUGAAACAGGGAAAUACUGCCAGUUCUCCACCUUCGAGUACAAAUGUCAGCUCUGCAAAACCCAGCAUACACACUGCUCACGGGAUGUUGAAUGCUGUGGAGACCAGCUUUGUGUCUGGGGUGAGUGCAGGAAAUCCAUUUCUAAAGGAGAGAAUGGCACCAUUUGUGAGAACCAACAUGACUGCAACCCUGGAACAUGCUGUGCUUUUCAAAAAGAUCUGCUGUUUCCUGUGUGCACUCCAUUACCUGAAGAAGGUGAGCCCUGCCACGAUCCUUCAAACAGACUUCUCAACCUGAUCACCUGGGAACUGGAGCCUGAUGGAGUACUUGAGCAGUGCCCAUGUGCAAGUGGCUUGAGCUGCCAACCUCAGAGCAGUCACAGUGCUACAUCUGUGUGUGAACACUCUGCCAAUGAAACCAGGGAUAAUGAAAAAGAAGAGCCCUUAAUCAUGGAUGAGAUGCCAUUCCUCAGCUUGAUACCCAGAGAGAGUCUUUCCGAUUAUGAAGAAAGCAGCAUCAUUCAGGAAGUGCGUAAAGAAUUAGAAAGCCUGGAGGACGAAGCAGGUUUGAAGCCUGAGCCUGACUCAGCUCGUGACCUGUUUCUGGGAGAUGAAAUUUGAAAGUCCAAACACCAGUUUAGUUAGUUUAGUAAUUUCUAGAGAUUUUUGUCUAGUGUCUUGCUUAUAUAAACCCUAAACAGAUACCAUUGGAUAGAAGUGCAAUAAACAAUGUCUUCAGUGAGCAUC